ACAUACAGACACAUGUAUACACACACACACACACUCACACACACACAGAAACAUGUACACACACACAUACAUGUACAUACACACACAUACAUGUACAUACACACACACAUGUACAUACACACGCACAGCUCUAUAAAAAGUUGCAGUACAGUACUUUACUCACAGAGCUGGGUACUGCACUCUAGGGGGAGGCAGAGAGCACAGCACGUACUCCUUCCUUUGCUUUCACUUUGCUCAACUAUUGAGCAGUCUGACGGCUCCCAGUGAGAGUGACGGAGCCAGCCCUGAGUUCCGAGCCUGCUCAGCAAGACGGCCCUGGGGGACACACUCGCCCCCACCAUAAUUUCCACUCACCAAUGCGAGGAGGUGAGUGGAAAUUUUAAGAUCGGUUCGAGGGUA